AUGUAUGAAGCCGUAAAGAAGCUGAAUCCUCAGUCCGAUACCACUGGUUCACACCGCGAAGAAGAAAAGCCCCAAUCGCUUAUUGAAGCCUCCAGUCCCUAUCUGAGACAACAUGCCUAUAAUCUUGUGGAUUGGUACGAGUGGGGUGCUGUAGCGCUGGAGAAAGCAAAAAAAGAAGAUAAGCCCAUACUCGUAAGCAUUGGUUAUUCUUCCUGUCAUUGGUGUCAUGUAAUGGCUCACGAAUCUUUUGAAAACGAAGAUAUAGCCCGAAUCAUGAACGAACAUUUCGUAAGCAUUAAAGUUGAUCGAGAAGAACGACCGGAUAUCGAUCGAGUAUACAUGGACGCCGUACAUGCUAUGGGCAUGCAAGGAGGCUGGCCGCUCAAUGUAUUUACUACGCCUGACGGAAAACCUUUUUACGGAGGAACCUAUUUUCCUGCCAACCAGUGGGCACAAGAUACGGAUAAGGUCUUUGCCACCAAAAACCAUAUUACGCUGAGUGAAUUGGAUUCAUCUUUAAAAGAAGCUAAAAAAAUCUUACUUAAAGAACGAGAUCAGCGUAUAAAACCCGGUCUGGACGACAAAAUCCUCACAGGGUGGAAUGCUAUGAUGCUAUGCGGAUUAAUCGACGCCUACAAUUCUUUUGGCGAACCUGCAUUUCUCGCGUUGGCUAAACAGGCUAUCCAGUUUUUAGAAAAAACAGUAAUAGACGAAAAAGUGUACCGUUCUUUCAGAGAAAAACGCUCUCCGGUGGAAGGCUUUAUGGAAGACUAUGCGUUUCUUAUCCAAGCCUAUAUGGCCCUAUACCAAGUUACCUUCAACGAAGAAUGGAUUUGGAAAGCAGAACGCUGGACAAAUUAUGUACACAACCAUUUCUUCGAUGAAAAAGAAGGGUUUUAUUACCUUACAGCAGAUUCAGCAGAUUCGUUGAUCGUUCGCAAAAAAGAAAUCUUUGAUAAUGUUAUCCCUUCUUCCAAUGGUGUCAUGGCUCGCAAUUUGUACCGCUUAGGCUCCAGCUCCUCGUUACCACGCACGCGACGUAGCCCUCAUGAUGGGAACGCUUUACCAAGCCAAGAGGCUUUCCCCUCCCAGUGUCCGACAUGCAGUUCAAAACGUAUUCUCACGAAAGGAUACGGCACCGAAAAACUGGAAGAAGAACUGAAAUUACUUUUUCCUGAAGUACACGUACAGCGUAUGGAUCGAGAUACUACGAGAGCACGAAACAGCUAUGAAUCCAUUAUUGAAAACUUCGAAAAAUCCAGAACUCAAAUUCUAGUAGGUACUCAGAUGAUUACAAAAGGACUUGACUUUGAAAAUGUUGUGUUAUCAGGAGUAUUUGAUGCCGAUCGUAUGAUGCAUUUCCCCGAUUUCCGUUCUCACGAAAAAAACAUUUCAACUCAUCACACAAGUGAGCGGACGAUCCGGUCGCAGAGACAAAAAAAGGUAAAGUAG